AGGAACUCAACAAUGAUGCAGCGCGUUAGUACCAACUACCAAAAAAUUCUAAUAAUAAUUAAAAAAAAAAAAAAAUUAGCCGGGAGCAUAGAUGGCUGCUCCGGCUGCCGAGGGCCUGGCUGUGACGGCGCUCCGAUCAGUAUUUCACCGUGUCCGGCAGGCUGCUGAAAGGUCCGGCCGCCGUGCUGAUGAUGUGAGAGUUAUUGCCGUGAGCAAAACUAAGCCUAUUUCUCUUAUUACCCAAGUUUAUGAAGCUGGUCAUAGAUGUUUCGGUGAAAAUUAUGUCCAAGAGAUCAUCCAGAAAGCUCCCGAGCUUCCGGAGGACAUUGAAUGGCAUUAUAUUGGGCAUUUGCAGAGCAAUAAAGCGAAGCAACUUCUGACUGCUGUUCCCAAUCUAGCCAUGGUUCAUGGUGUUGAUAACCCGAAGCUUGCAAAUCAGCUUGAUCGUGCGGUUUCAAGCAUUGGCAGGCAGCCUUUGAAGGUUUUGGUUCAAGUUAAUACCAGUGGAGAAGAGUCAAAAUCUGGUGUUGAUCCAUCAAAUUGCAUAGAGCUUGCCAAACGCGUCAAGCUGGAUUGCCCAAACCUUGAGUUCUCUGGCCUGAUGACAAUUGGAAGGCCUGACUACACUUCAACCCCAGAGAACUUUAAGACGCUGCUGAACUGUAGAAGUGAAGUUUGCAAAGUGCUUGGUAUGUCAGAGUCUCGAUGUGAGUUAUCAAUGGGCAUGUCUAGUGACUUUGAGCUAGCGAUAGAAAUGGGCAGCACCAAUGUGAGAAUUGGAUCCACCAUAUUUGGACCACGGGAGUAUCCGAAAAAACAAUGAAGUCAGUAUGAACUUCAUCGCAUACAGCCAUUCACAUGACAUGCAUGAUAUGCUGUAAGCAAUAGGGAACGAGUGAGGGCUUUCCGAAUUUUUUUGCAAUGGGGGAGGAAAAUGAAGCAGCUAUGACGAGAAGGAUGAUGUUGCUUCAAACCCGAAGUCUGUCCUACUAGAAAGUUAUGUCAAAAGUGUUUUACUGUUUUUCUUUUGGUACAAUAUUUUACUGUUAAACUGUUGUAUACCAUUCUUCAUUUUUCUUUUCUUUAUAAUUGGCAUACUUACAGCACAUGAUUCAGUGCCCCUUAUACUCUUAA